AUUGCAGUGUGCUUGACGGAAACAACAUGAAGUUCUUUGUACUAUUCUGCGUCUUCAUCGGAGUGGCCGCCGCCCUCCCCGACCUCCGUCAGCGGCGCGACUCCUCGCCGGAGUUCUUCGAGCUGCCCUCCAACGCCUCCCUGGUUCUGGGCGGCAUCAACACGGGCUUCGACUGCGCUGACCUGCCCUACGGCUACUACGCCGACGAGGCCAACGGCUGCGCCAUCUUCCACGUGUGUCUGCCCUACAUCGACCACGACGUGUACAUCUCACGCCACUUCUCCUUCAUGUGCGCGCCUGGCUCCAUCUUCGACCAGGAGCGCCUCGUGUGCGACUUCCCCGAGAUGUCUCUCCCCUGCUCCGAGGCGGCCAACCUCAGGACUUCCAACGCUUACUUCGGCCGCGAGGAUGUCAACUUCCUCGAGGAGUAAUUCAGUCGAAGACUGUCAUGAUGAAUUCUUGGAGUUGUUGGCAAAGUUCCUACUGCAUUUUAAGCUUUUCCCAUAAAAAAAAAAAAAAAAAAUGAAGAAAAAUUGUUGUUAAUCUUGUUGAAUAAAAGUGAUCUCAUA